AUGUCCGGCAAGAAGACUUUUAUCGUUGAGCACCUUGACCCAGAGCUGGGGCCAUGGUCGGAGCUUGAAUACAUUGCCAUUGCCAAAGAAUCCCAAGCCACCAACACUGCGUUUAUUCUUUCCAGUCUGCCUGAUGGCUUCCGAGUGCCCACCACACUGCAGGACGUCGAGGCUUUUACAGCCGAGAAAAGGGGUGUAGAGGAGCUAUACGCUGGCAAGAAGGAGAAGGUCUGCUUGCUAGAUCCUGCUGCGGCUAAAGACCUAUGCCCCGAGGACGGGGAGGCCUUUGAGGCAUUCCUGUUUGGCGGUAUACUGGGCGACGAUCCUCCACGGGACCGAACCUCUGAAUUGAGGAAGAAGGGUUUCGAAGGACGCAGGCUGGGACCCAAACAGAUGACAACUGAUACCGCUGUGCGAGUCACCCGUAUGGUUGUCCAGGAUAAGAUCGCCCUUGACAAGGUCUCUUACACAGACUUCCCAGAGCUGAAGUUUAGCCAACAUGAAAGCACUGAAAUGCCCUUCCGAUACGUGGCAGACAAGGACGGAAACCCCAUCAUGCCCGAGGCAAGUUCAUGA